AUGCCAACUGCAGGUCUUCAUGAAAAUCGCGGAUGUCCAGAGCAGGUGCCAGACGUCUUUGACUGUGAAAGCGGCUACCAGAAUUGGCCGGAGAGCUGGUCGGUGUCAAAGAAGGCCACUGAUUUCCAUGGACCGGUUCCAGGAAUGGUGUUGCGAUCACCAUCAUCGUGGCUGCCACGGGAUUUGGAAGACUGGCACGGUUUAUGGACUGGUCCCAAGAAGGCCUUCUGCUGCAAGACCUAUGCAUUGGGCUGCCCCACCCAUGACCCAGCCGUGGAGGAGCCGGUGCGGGAGGAAGUGCACGUGGUGGACGUGCCGCCAGCCCCGGCGCCGGUGACGGUGGUGCACCACGUGCAUCACUACACCACGGUGUCCGAGCCGGUGGAGGUAGAGCCGGCGGCCGCGCCAUAUGACUGUGAUGCGGGGUAUGCCAAUUGGAGGAAUGGCUGGUCAGAACACAAGAAGGGUUGGUGUUGUGCACGUCAAUCUGUGGGCUGCAGCUACCAGUGCCAGGAGGGUGCCAUGACCAGCUUCCAUGAGAAGGCCUGGUGUUGUUGGCAUCUCACCAUAGGAUGCGAUGGCGCCGAGUUGCAGCAGUCCUACGACUGCUCGGCAGGCUUUGCAAACUGGAGAGCUGGAUGGUCCGAGGGCAAAAAGCUUUGGUGCUGCCAGCACUACUCCCAAGGAUGCCAACGGCCCAGUGAUUUGCAUGUGAAAAUUCUUUGA